AUUGUCAUUUUAAAAUCAAUUUUAUUUGUGUAAAACUUUUAUUAAGCUGUAAAAUAUGAGAUUCUUUUUAUUAUGUAGUUGUAUUUCCAUUGCAUUAGCAGCGAAAUUGCCUAGCAGCAUUCAAAAAUGUCACCGAAACCAACCUGACUUACCACAAUGCGUAGCCAGAGCUAUAGAAACAUCUUUUGAAACUUUCAAAAACGGUAACAAAGAACUCGGUCUUCCCCAAAACGAACCAUACUUUGUGAAAGAGAUGAAUUUGGUUUCUGAUUCUUCAAAGCAGUUUUCUUCGCGUAUAAAAUUCGUAAAUGUAACCGUACGUGGGACAACUAAAAACAUUCACGUUGACAAUGUCAAAAUAAAUCUAGGAACUGAUUGCAAUUGGAUUGUCGAUACAAGAACUCCACAAGCAACUAUGGAAGGUGAUUACGAAAUGGAAGCAACCAUACUUUUUCCCAUCAAAGCACAUGGAAAAUUCAAUUCAACAAUGGUUGAUUAUACCGAUCGGCACACGAUUAAAUGCGAAUUUUUCGAGAAAAACGGCAAAAAGUAUAUGAAGCUUAAAAGUUAUACUAUGGAUUUGCGUCCGUCACGUGUGAUAUACUAUUUCCAAGAUAUAUUUCCAACCAACCGAAAAAUAGAAGCAGAUAUAUUAAAUACAAUGAACGAAAACUCACUUGAUAUCUUCAAAGAGAUCAAGCCAUCGUUUGAUGCGACAUUCAGCAAAAUUUAUAUGGAUAGGAUGAAUAUUGUACUGUCUCAAAUUCCUUUCGAUGACAUGUUUUUAUAAUCAAAUUUUUGUUUAUUAAACUUAGUACAAAGUUUCUAAAUAUACUUGGGAAAUAUA